AUGCCUGCGCCGACCGCCGCCAAGAAGGUGGAUGUGCCGGUGGCCCCGGAGGCCCAGCCAAUCUCCCAGGACGAAGUCGAGACGCUUCUCGACGCGGCGGCCGCAGCCAAUACCCUGACGCUGACCGAAAUCCCCGCCGAGACAUCGACGCCGAUCCUGCUCGGCGCCAGCGACCCCGGCAGCGACGACUUUGCGGCCGGCAUGGACAUUGACGAGGAGUCGCGGCCCAAGUUCGCGGCGGCCAAGGACGCCGAGACGGCCGUGCGCCGCGAAGUGCGCAAGAUUCCGAUUCCGCCGCACCGCAUGUCGCCCUUGAAGGCGUCGUGGAGCAAGAUACGGCAGGGGCGAGGGGCAAGGGCGCCAGCUAACAACAGUCGAUCCGACGUCCGACACAGCUACACACCUCUUGUGGAAAACCUGAAGCUGCAGGUGCGGAUGAACAUCAAGACCAAGGCGGUGGAGCUGCGGACGUCCAAGAGCACGACGGAGACGGGCGCGAUCCAAAAGGGCGAGGACUUUGUGCGGGCGUACGCCAUGGGCUUUGAGGUCGAGGACGCCGUGGCUAUCCUGCGGCUCGACGGCAUCUACAUCCAGUCGUUUGAGAUCAAGGACGUCAAGACGCUCGAGGGCGACCACCUGGCGCGCGCGGUGGGCCGGAUCGUGGGCAAGGACGGCCGGACCAAGUACGCCAUUGAGAACACGACCAAGACGCGGAUUGUGGUGGCGGGCGGUUCCAAGAUCCACAUCCUGGGCGGCUUCAAGGAGAUUGGCAUGGCGCGGGAAAGCGUGGUCAGCCUGAUUCUCGGCAAACCACCAGGCAAGGUGUACGGCAACCUGCGGUCGAUCAGCGCACGUCUCAAGGAGCGGUUCUAG